AUGACUGGCACCCCGCCAGGGGACAAUGAGGCACGUGCAGAUGCGGCAUUUCCUCAGUUGCCAGCAUCAGCUGAAGCGAAUGCGCAAGAGGGCGCGGCGGAAGACAAGGCUGGGAGCGGCUAUCCUGCAGAUGUAUCGAGAAAUCCGUCUUCUGAACAUGUAUCGAGAAAUCCGUCUGCUGAACAUGUUGGAAAGGGGAUGCGCCGCAGCAUCACCCAAGUUGAGCUCUCCAGCAAGUUGCGCAUUGCGUUUUUCCUUCACACGCCCUUUCCUUCAUACGAGGUGCUGAGCGUGCUGCCCCAGUGUGUGGAUGUGGUGGAGGGAGUCCUCGGAGCGGACCUUGUGGGCUUUCACACCUACAACUACUUGCGCCACUUCAGAUCCUGCGUCAUCCGUCUUUGUGGCUUUACGCCAGAGAUGGACUACGUGGAUCACAAAGGCCAACGGACCAGGCUUGGUGUGUUCCCUAUUGGUGCCAACGUGCGUAGCAUGCUCGAGGCCAUGAAGACUGAGAAGUUUGCAGAGCAUUUGAAGGAAUACACCGAACAAUUUCAAGGCAAAAGCCUGGUCUUGAACGUUGAACGGUUAGAUUAUUCGAAAGGGUUGCCUCAAAAGCUGGCGGCGAUUCAGCGAUAUUUGGAGGAUGCCAAGCGGAACGAGGAGGACCAGACACGAGAAACCAGACAGGAGGAACUCCAGAAGCGCUUCGAACGGCUCAACACUCACCGCGCAAAUCGCGGCCUGGCGACCUCAAAUCUGCGUCGAGUAGGCGCCCAGGUGAUGAAGAUGUUGGUCGGGGACUAUGCUCCGCCGGAGACUAGCCUGGACCACAACAAAACCGUCUUUGUAUUCAUCGCAGUGCCAAGCAGGCGCGAUGUGGAAGAGUACCAAAAGAUUGAGGAGGAAGUGCACCGUAGCAUCAGCACCAUCAACGGCAUGUUUUCUACUCUGACGCACCAGCCCAUUGUAUACAUUCAUCGCGGAGUCGGGCUUCCAGAGCUUGCCGCACUUUAUGCUCGGGCUGACUGCUGCCUAGUUACGCCGCUUAUUGACGGCAUGAACCUUGUUGCCAAGGAGUUCAUCGUCACCAAAGACCGCAGUAUAGAGAACGUGGUGCCAGGAGCUGUCGUCCUCUCGGAAUUGGCAGGGGCUGCGCAGGAGUUGUUUGAUGCCAUUGUGGUCAAUCCAUAUGACGAUGAUGCCGUCGCAGAUGCCAUCGCGAUUGGAUUGGAGCUCACUCGCGGCAAUCGCCUCAGCGAGGAUCAGCGGUGGGAGGUCACAGACCGCAUGCGCGAGUCAGUUCUGGAGAAUGACGCAGUAGCUUGGGGGAAAAGCAUGCUCAGUGAGCUGGAGCAGCCCCACAAAGGGGUAAGGGUUGCCAGACCUGCGAGGUUGGCUUGGCAGUAUUUAGAUGAUCACAUGGCGACGCGGUUCUUAGAAAGCCGGGCGGGCGUCAAGGCAAUUUUCCUGGAUUACGACGGCACCUUGCGCGAGUUCGAGGCCAGGCCAGAGGAUGCUGUUCCGUGCGUCGAGAUGAACUCCAUUCUUGAGCUCUUGAAUAAGCGAGAAGACCUGAGAAUCUACAUAGUCAGCGGGCGCAACAGGGAGUUCCUAGAGCAGCACUUCGGGGCCUAUAAAUCACUCACUCUGAUUGCUGAGCACGGUUACUUCAAGAUGGGUCCUGACACUGACGGCGAAUGGGUGUCAUUCUCUCCCUACCCCUCGCUAGAAUGGAAGGAGAAGAUUCUGCCUGUUCUCCGUAUGUUCACGCGCUGUACUCCAGGUGCCCACACUGAGGAGAAAGCUUCGGCAAUCGUUUGGCACUACCGUGACUGCGAUGAGAAGUUUGGCGAGUUCAAGGCAAAGGAACUAAUGCAUCAGUUGGCACUUUCCCUGGGCAAUUUGCCCUGCCAGAUCAGCCAGGGCAACAAAAUUGUGGAAGUGGCGUCUCUAUCUGUGAGGAAGGGGGUGGUUGUGCUCAGCGCGCUUCAGCAGCACCACGCCACGCCCUUUGCAGAAAUCCUCAUUUGCGGAGAUGACCGCACAGACGAGUCAAUGUUCGUGGAAGCACCGAAGGAUUCGCUGACAGUGAAAGUCGGAGCUGGCGAGACUGCGGCAAGGUAUCGAGUGGAGUCUCCGAGCGACGUGCGGCGCUUUCUCACUCUCAUUGCAGAGGGCCCCGUCGCCGAAGUGGAUGCUGAUCCCAAGUCGCCACCAGCAGGGACCAAACCGCGAGGAAUCUCGUUUCAGCCUGAGCUGGCGGACAUGAAUCGUUUUUUUUCCUUCAAGGAGACGGAGGAGAGCAGGGACAGGAGGCGGCAGAGUACUGCUUGCCAGAGUUGCGACGACGAAGACGAUCCCCUGGCAGAUUUUCCCGGGGAAACAGAGGACCUCACGGCUCCAGCGUAG